CGCCUCCUUCGAACCGUAGUCGCUUUCCUUCGGCGUCCUCUCUCUUCUCCCUCCGGCGUGUCCCUCUCUCGGUCUCCCGUCUCGGCCGUGAGUUCGUAGAGGCCUCUGGCGACUCUACCGGUAGCCGAGGGCCCGAGAUAACUUUUAGUGUGAUGGGAAGCAAAAGGGAGAGUCAUUCAAUCUCAGUUGAAGCAAUGGAAGGAAAGAAAAACGCGUCUGAAGGCAAGAAACGUUUGAAGAAACAGAGAAGGGAAGAUGCAGAAGUGCUCGGAAGAGACAACGAGGGGAAGGAAGGUGGUGAUGGUAUUGCUGUCGCUCAGAAAUCGGAUAUGGAGAAGAAGAAGAAAAGAAAACAGAUGGAUAAGGAGCGACAUCGUAUUAAGUCCGCUGAGACCAAGGAAUUGGUGCCUAAGAAGGUAACUGGUCCAUCCGAUCAGGUGCCUGCCUUGCAACCGUCGUCAAAGAGUGUGCAGGGAUUCCAUAUCGAUAUUUUCAGGGAUCUUUCUUCGGUGGAAGUGUCGGCUAGAGAAUCUGCAGUGGAAGCAUUGGUCAAGGAAUUGCAGAAAGUACAGGAGGCUUAUGAAAAAUCAGGUGGGACGGUGUAUGAGGGCAAUUCCCAGCUGGAAGCAGAAAAGGACGAAGGUCUGAAAAGCUGUGCGCCGUCUUUGAGAUAUGCUCUUCGACGACUUAUUCGUGGAGUUUCAUCUUCAAGGGAGUGUGCUAGGCAAGGAUUUGCACUAGGUUUGACAGCUGUUUUGGGAACUAUUCAAUGCAUCAACACUGAUUCGAUACUGGAGCUGAUAGACAAUCUAUUGGAGGUAUCUUCUUCAAUGAAGGGACAGGAAGCUAGAGAUUGUCUUUUGGGACGUUUAUUUGCUUAUGGAGCCCUUGCUAGAUCAGGUCGGGUGGCUCAUGACUGGAGUUUGAAUAACAAAACAUCUACAAUAAAAGAGUUUAUCAGGGUUGUUAUUUCACUUGCUGAUAAGAAAAGUUACUUACGUGAACCAGCUGUUUCAAUUAUUCUGGAGUUGGCAGAUACGUUACCUGUAGAUGCUGUUACAGCCCAUGUUCUAGAAGCUCCAGUACUGGCAGAUUGGUUUGAUAAAGCAAUCAGUAAUGAAAAUCCAGAUGCACUAUAUCUGGCCUUAAAGUUAAGAGAGAAAGCAUCUGUGGAUAACAAGAUAUUUUGCAAAUUGUUGCCUUCACCCUUCACUCCUAGUAACUUGUUUACUCCAGAUUGCUUAUCUUCUCUAGUUCCAUGCUUAAAGGAAACAACCUUUUGUCAGCCUCGAAUGCAUAGUGUAUGGCCUGUAUUGGUGAACAUCCUUUUCUCGGAUGUUUCUUUACAGAAAGAUGGGGCAGCAUGUAGUGAUUCCACUCAGGCACUUAAGAAAUGUAGAAAACUUAGUUCCACAGAGAAAAACCUUUCCAAGCGUCUCGAUUAUUUCUGUAGCCUUGUCAUUGAUGGAUCUCUUUUAAUGUCAUCUCAUGAUCGUAAGCAUCUGGCAUUUGACAUUUUGCUCCUGCUGCUCCCAAGAUUGCCAGCUUCAUGUAGCAAGGCUAUCCUGUCCUACAAGCUAAUUCAAUGUUUGAUGGAUAUAUUAUCCACCAAAGACUCCUGGCUUUAUAAGGCAGCCCAAUAUUUUCUGCAGGAGCUGUCUAAGUGGGCUGAAAGAGAUGUGGAUCGCCUUGUUGCUGUCAUCAUAGCUUUACAGCAACAUAGCUUUGGGAGAUUCGAUUGCAUCACACAUACUCACAUGGUUAAGGACUUGGUUUCUAAGAUUAACUCUGCUUCAGGUUGUAUGUUGUUUGUCCAAAGCUUGAUGAGCUUAUUUAUUGAUGAAAAUGGGUUACCGGAUAAAGGAUCAGCACAGGCUACUAUUGAGUCUUCUGAAAUGAUUACUUUGGACGAUAGCAGCUACACCGAUUCUUCAGGCAAUCCAGAUAUUCUGAGAAGUUGGAUUGUGGACAGCCUUCCUCGUGUUUUCAAAUACUUGACGCUGGAACUGGAAGAAAAACUGCACAUACAAAGGGAGAUCUUGAAAUUUUUAACUGUUCAAGGACUCUUUACUGCUUCUUUGGGCAGAGAGGUGACAUCCUUUGAGUUGCAAGAGAAGCUAAAAUGGCCAAAGACAGAUAGCUCUGGCAACGUACGCAAGAUUUGUUUUCAGCAACUACAACUUAUACUGGCAGAUGCAGAAAAAAGCAUGGGGACAAAGAGUGAGUCCGAUAUGUUCAGGACAGAUGAUUUGGGUUCUUACUUUAUGCAUUUUCUGGACACUUUGUGCAACAUUCCUUCGGUUUCACUCUUUCGGUCAUUGAGCAAAGAGGAUGAAGAGGCAUUCAAGAAAUUGCAGUCGAUGGAAAGCAGACUCUUAAAGAUGGAGGAACGGGAGAUUGAUGGUAGUAAGGUAUAUACAAUGCGUUUCUUGCUAAUCCAGUUGCUUUUGCAAGUUCUCCUAAAGCCAGGGGAAUUCAGUGAGACUGCUUCUGAGCUUGUAAUAUGUUGCAAGAAAGCUUUUGUCACUCUUACUGAUCUUGAUUCAAAUGACGAAGAAGAUGAUGAUGAUACUGGGAGCCCUGCCUUCAUGGAUGUUCUUGUAGAUACUUUGCUCUCAUUGCUGCCCCAGUCAUCUGCUCCUUUGGUCUUCUCCAUUGAGCAGGUUUUCAAGUUCUUUUGUGACCAGAUUACAGAAUCUGGGCUCGUCAGUAUGCUGCGUGUAGUAAAAAAAGAUCUGAAGCCUUCUCGUCACCGGUCUGUAACUGAUGAAGAGGAAAUUGAUGAUGAUGAUGAAGAUGAUUUCCUUGGGAUUGAAGAAUCUGAAGAUGUGGAUCAAGCAGGGGAUUCAGAUGGUGAUCAAAGCGAGAGCAGUUCCGAAGAUGAAGAUGCAGGAGAGUCAGCUGACCAAGAAGUCGCUGCCAAUGUAAUUGGGGCACCUUUGGGAUCUGAUGAUUCUGAUGGUGGAAUGGAUGAUGAGGAAAUGUUCAGGAUGGAUUCAUAUCUUGCACAGAUUUUCAAGGACCGGAAAAAUGCUGCUGGUAGUGAUACUGCCCAGUCUCAGCUCGUGCUUUUCAAGCUGCGGGUUCUCUCACUUUUGGAGAUUUUCCUACAUAAGAAUGCAGGCAAUCCGCUCGUCCUGGUGGCAUAUCCUUACUUGGUAAAGACAUUUGUUAACGCAUAUGCUACAGAGGGUAGUGAGCAGCUCGGGCAGAGAAUUGCAGGAAUUCUACAAAAGAAACUGUUCAAAAGCAAGGAUUAUCCAAAAGGUGAUGGUGUUCAGUCAUCCCUUCUGGAAACCCAGCUGGAGAAGAGUCUAAGAUUGUCAUCCAGAUCCCGGCAGAAAGUAGUUUCUAUACUUGCUCAGAAUUCAUCGUUCUGGAUAUUGAAAAUUCUUCAUGGAAAUUUCUCUCGGAAGGAGUUACCUAGAGUACCAGAUAUGCUGCAGUCCUUGUUGGACGACUACUUCAAUAACAAGAAGUCUCGUUUGAAGUCUGGUUUUAUAAAAGAGAUCUUCAGGCGCUACCCGUGGACUGGACACAGGCUUUUUAGCUUUCUGCUGGAGAAAUGCACAAGCACCAAAUCAGAAUAUCGGAUGACUGAAGCACUUGCACUCAUCGAAAGCAUACUGAAGACUUGGGUUUCCGGAAAGACGCAUGUAGAUGAGGAUGCCCCUGGUGGGUUGCAGUUUCUCAGGGAAAACCUGUUGCCUUUGUGUAGUUUAAUGCAGCAGCUGUUGAGUAAGCCCAUGUCGAAGGGUUCAAGGAGGUCAGACGUGCGCCGGUUUUUCAUAUCAGCAUUGCAAGCGAUUGCUCGUUCCAAGCUUGGCGAAGCAUUUUGCAAGGCAUUGAGACCUGAUGCGUAUGCAGCGUGCGAGUCAUACUUGGGGGACAAAUUUCGUCCAUUGCUGAAGUUUGAUGAUGGAGUUUCAGAAAAGAAUGUCCAUAGAGAAGAGAAAAAGAGCUGCUGAAGUGGAAGAGAUGGAGGUUUUCCGUCCGGUCUUGAUUAACUGUAAAAUAGGCAAUUUUGGGUGCAAUUUAUUUAAUUUAUUUGAUGACUCUACUUUCUUUCUGGUCAUGUAGCUUACGAAUUUUGCUUACGUUAAUGGCAGAGACUGGUAGAAUUUAGCAAUUGAUUUUAUAGGUUAAGCCUCUUUGCCUAUGAAGAAGGUCAAGCCCCUUCUCCAUUGUAUUAGUUUUGACAUAAAUGAUAGCAAACUAUCAACCAA